AUGUCGGCAGAUGUGCUGGUGCCCGAGACGUCGGUGCUUGCUGUCGCGAGCCAUGUCGUGUACGGGUAUGUCGGAAACAAAAUCGCGACAAUAGUCAUGCAAUCCCUGGGCUGCGAUGUCGCUGCUCUGAACACUGUCCACUUCAGUAAUCACACCGGCUAUAGACAAUUCAAAGGAACCAGGGCAACAGCACAGGAGAUCAGCAAUCUCUACCAAGGCCUGUGCCAGAGCAAUCUCACCGACUUUGACGUCAUGUUGUCCGGGUAUGCGCCCAGUGCUGCGGCCGUUGAGGCCGUGGGUGCUAUUGGAUUGGAUCUGCAGCAGAAGGCUCAGAAGGCUCCGGGGUCUUUCUUUUGGGUGCUGGAUCCUGUCAUGGGUGACCAGGGCCGGCUGUAUGUCAAUGAUGAUGUAGUGCCGGCUUAUAAGGAUAUUAUUCGCUAUGCGGAUUUGAUUCUACCAAAUCAAUUCGAAGCAGAAGUCCUCUCCGGAAUCAAAAUCACCUCCUUCAAAGCCCUCGCAGAAGCAAUCACUGCAAUUCACAAAACCUACUCCGUUCCGCACAUCAUCAUAACCUCUGUGCAAAUCUCCAGGUUUACAUCAGAAACCGCCUUGUCACCAAACAGCCUAACUGUCAUCGGUUCCACUACCCGCUCAGAUGGUUCUCCACGUCUCUUCCGGAUCGAUGUCCCUGUACUCGACUGCUACUUUAGCGGCACGGGCGAUAUGUUCGCCGCACUAACCGUCGCCCGUCUACGCGAAGCUGUUUUCGCUACUGGGCCUGAUCUUCGGAAUGUCAAGUCCUGGGUUUCCCCGGAUGAAGUGACUCCUACGGAUCUUCCGUUGGCUAAAUCGACUGUUAAGGUACUGGAGAGUAUGCACAGUGUGCUCGAGAAGACACUCGAGGCGAGGGAUGCGGAACUGCGCACUCUUACCUCAGACAGUGCAGAUGUUAGCGAAGAGGAGCAACGGAAACAAGAGAAUCUGCGACGGAGCAAGGCGGCCGAGGUGCGAUUGGUAAGAAAUGCACGGUUCCUUCGUGAACCAACGGCUAGUUUCCAAGCGCAGGAGUGGAGGAAAGAGAAUUUGCCGGAAACACUUCAAUAG